CCCAAGCUGCCUGCCAGCGCACUUCCUUGGCAGCCAGGGCAGCGUGUGUCCCAGGGCACGCACACAGGUCACUGUGCAGGACACAGAGGCACAGAGCAUAGGGCUCUGGGCACCAGGCUGGAAUCUGCAGCUGGGACAGGAGCGAGCAUGGUGGGGCAGCAGGCGCUACUGCUAGCUGGCUUCUUUCUGCCUGGGUUCCUGCUCUCUGAGGCUGCGAAAAUCCUGACUGCUUUUGCACUGGGUGGAAGCCAUUAUCUACUACUGGACCGUGUAUCUGAGAUUCUUCAAGAUCAUGGUCAUAAUGUCACUAUGCUUUUUUACGGAGAAGAGUUUUUAAUCCCAGUUUUUCAGGAUAUGUCAUGGAAGGUUAAGGCAGAGAUGAAGCUUGAAAGCUGCCAGCAGUCUAACUUCAAAAAUGGUGUUAGACUUUUUAUUACACAGGAGUUAUGGGGAAAAUGCCAGGAUGAAAAGGGUGAAACAUCAUAUGAAGUUAUCAGUUGGCUUCCACCUGAAGAUCAUAAAAAAGAAUUCAAGAAAUGUUUUGAUUUCCUUGUGACAGAAGCUUUGCAUGGCAGGGAAGCAUUUGACAACUUUGUAUCAUUAAUGAAACAACUGGGAAUUCGAUGCAGUGAUUUGCUAAGGAGAGGUGAUAUCAUGGAUUUCUUAAAAAAUGAGAACUUUGACUUGGUAUUUGUUGAAGCACUUGACUUCUGUUCUUUCCUCAUUGCUGAGAAGCUUGGGAAGCCAUUUGUGUCAAUUCUUCCUACCCAAUUUGGAAGUGUGGACCAUGGGCUACCAAGUCCUUUGUCUUAUGUUCCAUUAUUCCGUUCCUUGCUCACCGACCACAUGGACUUCUGGGGCAGAGUGAGGAAUUUUCUGAUGUUCAUUGAUUUCUCCAUAAAGCAAAGGCAAAUCCAUUCUACCAUUGAGAACACCAUCAAGGAACAUUUCCCGGAAGGCUCCAGGCCAGUUUUGUCUCAUCUUUUAAAGAAAGCAGAGCUGUGGUUUGUUAACUCUGACUUUGCCCUUGAAUUUGCUAGGCCCCUGCUUCCCAACACUGUGUAUGUUGGAGGCUUAUUGGCCAGACCUGUUAAACCAGUACCACAAGAAUUUGAGAAUUUCAUCAGCAAGUUUGGAGACUCUGGUUUUGUCCUUGUGGCCCUGGGCUCCAUAGUGAGCACCUAUCAGUCCCAGGAAGUUCUCAUGGAGAUGAACAGUGCCUUUGCUCAUCUGUCUCAAGGUGUGAUAUGGAAAUGUAAGCCAUCUAAGUGGCCCAAAGACGUCAAAUUGGCAGCAAAUGUGAAAAUUGUGGACUGGCUUCCUCAGAAUGACCUCUUGGCUCACCCACGCAUCCGUCUUUUUGUCACUCAUGGUGGGAUGAAUAGCAUAAUGGAGGCCAUCCAACAUGGUGUACCCAUGGUAGCGAUUCCUGUCCUUAAAGAACAGGCUGAAAACAUGGUCCGAGUAGAAGCCAAAAAGUUUGGUGUCUCUAUCCAGCUAAAGCAGAUCAAGGCAGAGACAUUGGCUCUGAAGAUGAAGGAAGUCAUAGAAGACAAGAGGUACAAGUCAGCAGCGGUGGCCGCCAGCAUCAUCAGGCGCUCCCACCCCCUGACCCCUGCCCAGAGGCUGGUGGGCUGGAUCGACCACAUCCUCCAGACAGGGGGUGCGGCCCACCUCAAGCCCCAUGCCCUGCAGCAGCCGUGGCAUGAGCAGUACCUGCUGGACGUCUUCUUGUUCCUGCUGGUGGUCACCCUGGGCACCCUGUGGUUCUGCGGGAAGCUGCUGGGCAUGGUGACCAGGUGGCUGUGUGGGGCCAGGAAGCUGAAGAAGGCCUGAUGGGGAUAUAAUGUCGAUGGUUGUCUCAGGACCCACUGGUUGUACAAGGCUUCCAACAAACACAGGACACUGCUGGUGUCUUUCCCAUAUUGGCACUUUAGGGUGGAACACAAAUAUCUCCUCAUUAUAAUCUGCCUCUGCUUAGAAAUUCUUAUGAAGUAAUCUUGGGAUCUUUUUUAAAAUUGUGGUAAAAUUUAUAUUAUGUAAAAUUUACCAUUUUAACCAUUAAGUGUACAGUCGUUGGCAUUAAGCACAUUGAUGUUAUCAUGCAAACCUCACUACCAUUCAUUCCAGAACUGUUUUCAUAAUCCCAAAUUCAAACUCCAUGAUAAUCAAACAGUAAAUACUCAUAACCCUGUCCCCACCUCCAUGACCCCACAGGCUCCUGCCAACCCCCAUUCUACUCUCUGUGUCUGUGAAUUUUAUCUUGGCUUCUUGACUUGCCCCUCAUCAAUGGCCUCCUCACUCAGAUCCAGGCCUUCAUCCGACAGCCCUGCUUUCCUCCCCAUUCCAUGUCCCUAGACACAGGGCCCUGCUUACUUCACUGUUGCUCUCUGGACACUUUUCUCUCUCUGAUCUUUCUCUAUCCUCACUUUUUAUGGCAUGACAUAAGAUCUUGGCCACUUGUUCCAGUUUGGGUCUCUUUCCUCUUGCGUCUCCUUCUCACCUCACGUCCAAGCUCAGGAAGCCUCACCUCUGUCUGUCCUGCAGUUAGGCAGGGGUGACCCUCCCUGGACUCCACUUGUGGUCUCUGUGCUGAGUCCCCUCCUAUGAAGAGCACCUCCUUUGCUCUCAGACCUGGAGCCUGCCUUUCAGCCACAGCUGAUGCUGUGUUUUUCACUUGUCACAAUUACCUUCUCAAUUUCUCACUCUUAAAAAUGUAGUCAUGGUGACCUCAAGUCAGAUCCCAGACCUCUGCGUGAGGCCCUGGGGCCCAGGUCCAGUGACCAUGGCCAUUCUCAGGACUUUGUUGAUUUAGGAAACAUCUUUCUGCCACCCUACUGUGGCAUAAAUAGGAAGUAACCCACUAUGUAUAGCAAUUACAUUCAGUUCCUAGCAACAUACACCAGAAAAAGAGUGUAUUAACCACCAGGGUUAUUUUUUGUUUUCUUGUUUGCUUCUUUGAUAAGGACUGGUGUGGUGGCUCCAUCUUACUGUCUGUAGAUUUUGCUCCAUUUUUUUUUUUUUUUGACUUUUUGAUGUUCUUUACUAGACAUCAGGCUCCCACUCUGGUAGGUUCCCUUUAUAAUAUAUUUUACUUUCAAGUGAUUAUGUGCUGAUAUUUGCUUUUGCAUUUACAGAUGGAAUUAUAUUUCUCCUUUAAAGUUUCAAAUGUAUGCUAUCUUGUGGGUUAUAACACAGUGAAGAAAAUAGUAGAUAUGCAGGAUGGUCCCAGAAAGCAUAGUUUGACUGCUUAAUUCUAGGGUUGUGCCCACAUCUUGAAAUAAUUCAAAUAGAGGAUGAAGCAGCUGCUACCAAUACUUCUUGCAGAUGUGGAAAGAGGCCCAUCCUUACCAAGGUCAGGAUAGGAUUUUCUGGGUAGAAUGUGAAGUGGUGCCAGGUGUCUACCGAGUCCUGUGAGUUCUCAUGCUGCACGAUGUCACUUAUAGUCCCAAGCACAUCACAUGACGAUGUGUGUGUGUGUGUGUGUGUGUGUGUGUGUCUGUUAUUCAAGGUUUAAUUUUUGUAAUUCUUUAAAAAAAGUGUUUAUUUAUUUAUUUUGAGAGAGAGAAUAUGAGCGAGCAGGGGAGGGGUAGAGAGAGAGGGAGAGAGAGAAUCCUGAGCAGGCUGUGUGCUGUCAGUGCAGAGCCCAACCUAGGGCUCGAUUUCAUGAAUUGUUAGAUCAUGACCUGAGCUGAAAUCAAGAGUCAGAUGCUCAACUGAUUGAGUCACUCAGGUGCCCCUAUUUCUGUAAUUUUUAUGAAUGAAAUCUCUAAAAUUUGUCUUUGGCAAUAGUGCCUUGAAAGGCAGACCUGAAGCUUUUUCUGUGUUGUGAUUACAAAGAAAAGCCAAGAUUUCUUACCUUCAUAAUCAACAAACGGAUAUAAGGAUCAGGCUUUCAGAUGCUGAUUCCCUUUUCCAUUCCUACCACAUCAUCAUCUUUGAACACUUGUAAUUCAGUGAUGCCAACUCUCUGCCUGCUGCUUCCUGGGCUUUGCUUUCAUCCAGCACAUCUGAUCAAAGGAAGCUGUGAGUGGGGAUGAUGCCUCUAGUCUGGAUCCAUUGAAACCUUCUCCACUGGACUGUGUCAGCAUGGUUUUGACAGUAUGGACAUCUGAUCUCAUCAUUUCCUGGUUAAGAUCCUUUCCUGGCUCUCAUUGCAUGUAAUACAAGCCCUCUGUGGUUUGUGUCUGGCUACCAUUCCAGGAGCAUCUUGAAAACUUGGAAAUAGACCCAUGCAGACAUGUUUACUUGAUUUAUGACAAAUCUCUUCAGCAAAUUUUACUGGAAUAACUGAUAUCUGAAUGGUCUUUGAUUUUUACUUAAUGGCACACACAGAAAAACAUUGACUGUUACUGCAUACCAUACAGUAUGCAAAGUAAGACGUUUGAUAAAUUGGACUUUAUCAAAAUGAACGACCUUCACUCUUCUAGAGACAUGCGUAAGAAGACAAAAGUAUAAGCCAUAAACUGGGAGAAAAUAUUGCAACACAUUUCUCAGAGAACUUGUAUCUAGAAUAUUCAAACAAAUCUUACAACCAGUACAAACAUGGACAAAAAAAGCUUGACCAGACACUUCACAAAAGAAAAUAUGCAAAUGGCCAAUAAUCACAUGAAAAAGUGGAUACAGCAGUCAUUUAGAGAAAUGCAAAAUAAAACCUCAAUAUCACAACACAUCUACCAGGCCGGCUAAAAUUAAUAGGACUGAUCAUAUCAAUAGUGAGCAAUAAGACAGAGCUACUGGAACUCAUACCCGUUCCAUUGCUGAGGAGAACGUGAAAUGGUGCAGCCACAUAGGAAAAUCGCUCUGUAGUUUCUCAGUUAAGCAUAUACUUGCCACAUGACCCAGCAUUACUUGUAGGUAUUUACUUAAGUUCAUGAAAACAUAUGUCCACUUGAAAGUCUAUACACAAAUGUUCAUAGCAGCUUUAUUUAUAAUGGCCCCAGAUUAAGAAAAAUUACAUGCCCAUCAAUAGGUGAAUGAAAUGACAUUGUGUUGUAUCCAUGUAAUGAAUGCAGUUUGUUGCAUACAAAUUACACUUUAAAAUUGAUUUGAAAAUCUC